AUAUUAAUAAUAACAAUAAUAUUAGUGAUAAUAAUAUUAAUAGCAAUAGCAAUAAUGAUUUUAAUAUAAAAAUAUCAGAUUUUAAUUCUGAUAUUAAUAUAAAAGAAUAUGAAAGUUUACAAAAAAAUAGUAGCAAUUUAAUAAAUUUUUCUAACAGUAAUAAGUCUUUAAGUAAUUUUGAUUCUGAAUAUAAUUACUCUUAUAAUUUUCAGGAUA